GUAAUUCUGGUUCGAACAAGGGUGACUGCGGCAGACUUUAGUUCUGUCGGAAGCCAAAUUUUGGCGAGUCAACAAUUAGGUUGGCCGGCCCAUAGAUUUACCAAAGAAAUAACAAUUGUUAUAGGUAAUUCUGGUUCGAACAAGGGUGUCUGCGGCAGACUUUUGUUCUGUCGGAAGCCAAAUUUUGGCGAGUCAACAAUUAGGGUGACUGCGGCAGACUUUAGUUCUGUCGGAAGCCAAAUUUUGGCAAGUCAACAAUUAGACUUUAGUUCUGUCGGAAGCCAAAUUUUGGCAAGUCAACAAUUAGGUUGGCCGGCCCGCAGAUUUACUAAAGAAUUGACAAUUGUUAUAGGUUGGCCGGCCCAGAGUGAAGCACAGAUUUACCAAAGAGUUGUUCUAUCACAAAGGCGACUGCGACAGAUUUUUUUCUGUUGGAAACCAAACUAUGUUUUGUGA